AUGCAGCCUCCGCCGGGCACCCAUAGUCCUCGCAGCCAGCAGUCGCGCCCUUCGGGGGUCGGAGCGACUGUUGCGGCGAAUUCCAAGCGAAAGCAUGCGUCAAUGGCCUGUGAGUAUUGUCGCUUUAAGCGGAAACGUUGCGACGGCAACCCUCGCUGUCGGUCAUGUGUCGACGCCAACAAGCAGUGCGUGUAUCGUUUCAACGACAAAAGAAAAGCCAGCGUGCGCCAGGAGCGCAUCCAGAUCCUCGAAGCCCAGAACAAGGAAUUGCGCUCCCUGCUCGACGUGCUCAAAUAUGGCAAUGAUGAGGAUGCCCAUGCUGCAUUCCAAGCUCUGCGUUCCCCUCGAGAGACGGCGCUCCAUGGAUCACCCUCAAACCACCUCCUCCUUGAUGUGUACGGGGUGUCUAUCCCAACAUUCCCUUCUUUGUCGCUAGACGAUCUGCAACAUGUGCGAACAGACCGCGGUAGCCGGCAGUCGCAGUCUUCACUUCAGACUUCGUUCUUGCCAGCGCUGAGACUCUUUGACUAUCCCCCCAUCUUCACUCCUAGCCAACUGCCGCCCGAGGUUGACAUUCGAAAAGGAGCCGAGUUGUUUCUCCAGGUGACCGCAGGUUUGUUUCACAUCAUGGCCAUGGACGAAUUUGAUCGGCUUUGUGCCCGAGCCUAUCGAUCAAAGAUACCACCAGACACUCGUGUUGUGGCCGAAAUCUGUGCUGUGUCUGCCAUCGGGGCUCACUUCAACGCCGACGACACCACCGGGGAACUCAAAGACGUCCUCUUCAAUACUGCCAUCCACCAUCUACCUGAGAUGCUAGAGCUUAGCAACCUUCGAACCAUGAAAUACCUCGCUUGCCUCUGUACAUAUGGUAUGGUCGACAAGCGGAAGAGCACAGCUCGACUUAUCCAGCUCAGUCUGGACAUCGCGCGGUGGAACUUGGCUCUGCCGCAACAUGGGCUCUCUGAAGCUUCUCAUGACUGGAGGAGAUUGUAUCAAACAACACUGUUUUUAGAAUGCUGGUUAUCGAGCUCAUUGGGCUACGUACCUGAUUUGUCCGGUGGAGAAAUUGGGUUUGCACAACCCAACAUAGCAGCCAUGGAAGGACUUCAAGACGACAUCGUGACGCAAAUCAAGGCCAAAGAGAUUGUCGUGCUGAAGGCCCGAGUCUGCGAAGCAACCUGUGGUCUGGAACCACCCACCGGACAGAUAAUCGAGGAUCAUAUGACCAAGCUGGAGGGCUGGUAUCGGAAGCUGCCGCCUAACAUGACGCUGACCGUUUUGUUGAACGGCGACGCCAACCCUCUCACGGCGGCUCAGCAAGGCGCUCUCCUCCUCUCCCACGCCAUGUACUUGGGUGCCGUCAUGAUGUUACAUCGACGAGCCCUCGUGGCCAUCUCGGAUGGCAUUCUGGGCGGUAUCGCAGGCUCUGAUAUCCAGAGCAUGCCGAUGCAAGAGCAUCUGGCUCGUUCCGUCGAGGCAGCACGCGCCAUCGUGCGGAUUUUCAUCUUACUCCGCUUCGGCACCGCUACAACAAAUAUGCACGUCCGAUGUUGGAUCUGCGUCUUUGAAACUUACACAGCAUGCACCAUCCUUCUUUACAAUAUCGCCUUGCGGACUAUCCAGCACGCCGCGGAACGUGCAGAGACGCAACUUGAUCUGGAACGUGUCACAACUUGUCUCGGCAUGCUCAAGGCAUCAGCAUUGGUGGAUAUGGUGUCCCAGAAGAUGUUAACGGCAUUGGCAGGUGUACAUGAUGCAGUCGUGGCUGCUACGGGCCAUCAACUUAGUGAGACAUCGCCGCCGCAAGUCGAGUCAAGGAGCAUUUUGCACUGCCGACUCGAUGGCACAGGGUCGAGCUUCGAGCCGUAUAAUUUAUUGACUUCUUCCAACAAGUCGCCACGUGGCUGUCUCUCUGCCAUUUACGUAUUUAAACGCGCUACCGAUAUGCUGAGAGAUCCAUUUGGGCACGGCCUGGACGCUGGAUUUCGGCUUUUCCCGCGAGAUGUCGGUGUGGAGGCUGUGGACUGGUGGUCUGCAGCUUCUUGA